CCAUCUUGGAUCCAGCUGCUAGUGCUUCAGGAUGGUACGGUCCAGGAGCCUAUCUCGCUUGGCUGAUAACCGCCUAUGUCACAGCUCUUUCGACUAUAUGGCAUUCAAAAUGCUCAAGGCAGCAUCCUGACGUGAACAAAGUCGAUGCAGAAGUCCUCCUCACUCUCGGUUAUCCGCUGAUCGCCAUGGUCGAUGUUGUGGCCCGUCUAAUACGAUGUCAGAUCGACCCCGGAAUGUCUGCUGCUGCGUUUGUCCUAGUAUCGAGCCUGACCAUUGUUGGACCCCUGACUAGACUAUCCUGGCAAGAAGACGGCGCCGACAUGGCGGUCGAACCGGUUUUUUAUCCUGUCACUGUGAAAGAAUGGACAUGGAAAACGAUGCGCUUCCUGUGCCAUACGGUGGUUUAUGCCAUUCUCUUUGAACCGUAUAUUAACACCCGACUGAUGCUAGCUAUUUACAUACUCUUAUCUAUUACUUUGUUUUAUUCUGGAGUUCGUGGGGAGGGUCUGCUGAGGACCUCCCCCUACUGGAUAGCCGUAUACCGGCCGCGAGGAGAGCGGGUGGUGGCAUUCUGCAUUAUACAGAUCAUUUUUAACAGUGUGUUGUUCUCGUUCUACCAUUCUAUUUGGCCUCAGACUGAUGCCAUCUUCUUUGAACUGGAUCAGAUUGCUGGUUUGUUUCUUGCCAUGGCAACGUUGGUAUAUUCCCGGCGAGAGAGAAUUGUGACAUCCCUAAAAUGGGUGAAGGGAUUGAAAUGGAAACGAACCAGUACUCCACAGCCAGAGACAACUAAAUGAACUAAUUGAAAAGGCUCAUCAUGUAUCAGAGUAUACAACCCGGCGGUCGACCCUUUGGAAUGCCAACGGUGUCAAGGGGCAGGAUGCGGACUCUGUACUAU